UUUUUAAGCAGGCCAUCUCAUUAUGUAGAAAAACAACCGUUUUGCGCAUCUUUACGAGCUAAACUGGUCUGAGUAAGAAAAGCCAUGGCGGAAAAUAGCCCACAGGCUUUGGAAGCUCAAGCCAAGAAAGAGAGAGAUGAUACGCAACUUCGCUUGUCUCUCUUUGUUUGCGCUGUUGUUGUGCUGACAUGGUUUCUGGGAGCAUAUGGUUUUUCCUUCGUCUGGUCUGGUUUUAUCAUACCGCUAAUAUUUACGGUGUGGUACCGCAAAAAUUGUCGUAUCAUUGAUGACCGUGUCCGCGAAGCCGAAAUCAAAGUUCAUCGUCGGAAAGCUUUGCGAGACGAAGAAACAGCAGAAUGGCUAAACUUUGUGUUAAAUCGAUGGUAACCAUGUUAUACUAGUUAACUUAUUGCUGUCUCUUGUGUGCGUGCUUAUGAUUGUUAUUUUACUGCAUGUUUUGGGGUGUCUUUUUACUAACAGCAAAGUUUAGUUUAGAAAUCUCCUUUAAUUUUGCACCGCUUUCAGUACUGUUUUAAGGCAUGUUACUUCUAUUUCAGUUGAAAGACGCUUUUUGGGUGGAUUUCGGUUGUCAAAUUUUAAUAACCUUGGCCGGGUAAAAACUCGUUGUUUACGUUGUUCUAAUCGCACUAUACUGAGUCCGAAAAAACACGAGUUGUAGCGAAGACCGAAAAAUACAACAACUGUGUAUCGCGCAGGGACCACAUUUAAACUCUGUUAAAUCCCUUUGUUUUUACAACAUUGUUUUAGUUUAAGAUAAACAACUGGUCAUUUGAUGCUGAAAUUGUUUUUCAUCAAAAAUCGGUUGUUUUACACGAACGCGUCCAACCCUGUUAACAAUGGCGAAAAUUCGUGACACUCUAAAAUCAUAAUUUUGACUGAUUGUACGUGAAAUUUGUUCAUUCUUGCUCCUAAAAGUGUAUUCUAAGUACAAAAUUGUACUUCUAAGCACAACACCUAAGAUAUAAACAACGCAAUUCAUUAAUACUUAAUUUUACAUUAUUAAUCACCGAAAAUCUUGCCAGACAUUUUUGCCUUACAGAAUGUUUCUUCGUAUAUUUUGUUUCACUCCAUUUUCACUGCUUCAGCCAUUUAAUUUACAUCUUGAUCGUAUGACGUCUUUUGUUGAUUCUACUUAGACAGGAGUCGCUCCUGACUCAGACAAAUAAAAAUAGCCCGUUUCGCCAGGUUAGAGCUUUAUCAAAACACUACACUACCCUGUCGAGUGCUCCGGAAUUCCGGGUUCCACAAGCCAAAUGUUCCGCGCUCCAGAAUCCUGAUUGCCUUACGUGUGGCGAUCUCUAAUCGUUUGCUCCGAUAAGAAAGAGACCUUGUUCUUCGAAAAAUAAAUUUUCGUGCACAGGCACAAAACGAUAACGAAGAAGGCGAGUGACUCGAUUUUAUUGUAACCGAUCUGAAUAAAAUGAACGAGACUUUCUUAAGAACCGAAAGAGUGACUUGGAAAUGUCAAAAGAAGCAUAACUGUGAACAUAACAGGGGCACCCAACGGCAAUUUUCGGGAAAAUAUCUGUUCGGAAGACGAUUUGAGAUCUAGAAUUUUCGGAGCAUUUGUUGUAAAAUUUCUUGCUUGCCUGCCUCUCCUAGGAUUUUCGAACAUAUACAAAAUGGUAUAAUUACCCAUUUUUAACGGAUUUUGAGCCUAAAAAAGGCCACCUAGAAUUUUCGGCAGCCUUUUCCGGGCUGAAAUUUUCGAGAAGGUAAGUUUUUAUCCCUAUAAUUUUCGGAUUACUAGACUUUUAGCUAGGAAAUCCGAACAGAUGAAAAGUUUUUAGGGGAUAAAAAUAUGCCUAUAUCUACCGUUUGAAUACUAAAAUACGUUUAACAAUGCUAUGUUAAGUGGUUUUGAACUAUAUCCUUGUUGGGUUCCCCUGACAUAAUAGAUGGCAAAGAAUCUAAGAGCGUAAAGCAAUGGGAGCGGAGACUGUUCUGAGUCCAGAUGUAGUGUAUAAAGAGAUCACAUAUCAGAAAAACCUUUACUGUUAUGUAAAGAAGAAAUGUAUCAGUGAGAAGGAAAUAUGAGUGCAGACCUUCUUUAUGUAUUUUUGUUUUCGUUAUUUUUUCUAAUUUAGUAUUUAUUUUGUGUUAUAUUUAAGGUGGAAUUUCAGCGAAGUUUCCCUCUGCAAUCUAGUUCGGGCGAGUCUGAAUCCUGUGUUAGAUUACAGCAAACCGUCAUUUAUAGGUAAGAUUGAUAAGUACAUAUUUCUGAGUAUUGAUUAUGAGUUGCAUGAGCCAUUGUUACGCACGUGAAUGGUGUUCUAAGCGACUUUUGAAGGUGGUUUGCAAUUCCUAUAUUCUUCACCUACAACAAGUCGCUUUCCUUUCAAGUUCCGGAUUAUCUUCCAAGCUCAAUUGGCAAAAAAGGAGAGGUAGCCAUCGGCAUCCCUUCGGGGAUUGGAACCCAAGUCACAUUAGUAGGAUACUAGUCUUUUCACCAGUGCGCCACUCCCUUUGCCCCCAACCCCUCCUUACCCACUUUUCCCCCAAAGGCCAUUUUCGAAUUCCCCCGGGCCUCUGUAUCGAAACGAGGUUAAUUGCACAGCUUUUGAUAUGGAACUGAUUUUUCAUUUUCAUGUAAAUAAAACUCAUUUUCACAAGAAAGGUUAUACACUUGGCCUCAUUUUGAAAGUGAGGGUUUUAGGAACUCGGGGGUCCUGGGGGUGGCCUACUUAGGGACUUUCACACCCUCUUGACCUCUUUGUCUUCUAUUUUCAGAAUCUAUGGAACUCACCGAGUUUAAUUUUGGAAAGAAGACGCCAUUUCUGAAAUAUGUGAAAGUGUUUGAGAAUAUCGACGAAAAUGACUCGCCCGACAUUCCCGCCACGGAAGGAAACGCUUUCAAUCCACCCUUUGACAUGGCAACCAGGCAGAGGCAUCUGUUAGUUCUUGUUAUGGACCUGUGUUUACAUGCGCCUGACUCUAAAAUUGCCAUCAAAGUCAGAUUGGGCGGGAAAAUGUGAGUUCUUGUUACGGCUGGUGUAGUUUGAUGCGUCACUGUAAUUCAAUUUGGCGGGAAACGCUGGGUACACGCGCCUUCUUUUCUAGUAUUAGGAAGCUUAACCAACGACGACGGCGACGGCAACGAGAACGCCAAAAGAGCAAAAGGUUUAAUAAAUUAUGAAUGACAUAAAUUUGAAUUUUGCACGAGCAGCACACUUUUUUGUAGAUUUCGUCGCCGUCAUUGCACGACUACGACGUGAAAUUCCCCCAAGCACCGUUUUUAUAGCGAUGUUUUCCGCGGACGUCAUCGUUGUCAUUGCUAGAACUCCAUAUUGUCACGGCAAUCCUCAAUUACCGUAAAUCCUCUGUUGAGCUCUCUCGGGCCCUCUUUUCUAGUACACAUUUUAGAGAAAAGCUUAAUGGAGAAGUGUGAGUAUUGAGGGGGAGAUGCCGUUAGCAAAGAAAGAGGAAGAAUCAUAUCGGAAUGAUCACGCUCUAAUUUCUGUUUUGGGUGAGGGGAAUUACUAUCUAAAGAGUAAGGGUGAUAUAAUUGCAAAUUUUACCGCACGUUGAUCAGAGCGGCAGUCUCAAUACAAGGUUGAUCGCUAAUCCAAGAGAGACAGGGAACGGAAGAGAGAGUAUUUUAAAAACUUUCUUUCGCUAAAAACGAGGCUUGUUGGAGUAGAGGGCUUACUUGGUUUGGGUUACAUUUUAUUUACGGUAUCAAAGUCACCUUUUCCUAAGCUUCCAAAGUGCCUUUUCCUCAAGAUUGUCGCGAAAAUUAAAGAAUCUUUUGCGAUUCUCUUCAGUUAGCAGAAAUGGGCUGCUCCGAUAGCCUAUAUGAAUUUCCACAUUAAGCUCACUUCAUAAUUUCAGCCACAGAUUCGCGCCGACACCCUUGGCAAAAGGGACGUCUGUUAUUGCUUUAAUCAGUAAAUCUCUUGCUAUUAAUCAAAUUAUGUAAAUUCUCUUAUUAUUCAGGGUUGGAGCUGAUGUUGAUGUCAGCAUCGAAGAUCUAUCAUUAUCAGGCCGAGUUCAGAUUGUCUUUGAGAUGGAUCAUCUUGUACCGUUUCCACACAUGAAGUCUCUGGCAGUUACGUUCCUUGAAAAGUAAGAACAAGAAAUAUCUGGGUGAUACCUGUUAAUUGAAAAGCCCGAGAGAGGUAUAUCAGACCAAGCCAAGCUGCCAUUUACCACCCUUGACUAACAGCUAGACUAGCAAAUAAUUUUCUUUCUUGAAAGGACGUAUGUCCAGCUUAGUCACCAUUUUAGUCCGAGAAACUCGGACUUUAUCAAGGAAGCAUUACGCGUCUAACAAAAAUUGUGCAUGCUAAGUGCGGGACUUGACAGUAGACUUUUGAUUACUGUCUUAUAUACACUGCAACGAUGUUAUAUGGUUGGUUCGAUAAUUUACAUGCGUUCAAGGAAGAUUUUAUUUAUCUGCAAAAUGAAAGUCUUUGGUGCUAAGUUUGUUCAGACGUCGUGUCAGACCACAGUUAAGAUUGAGUCGGGCAUGGGUUAUUUUUAAUAGGACAUUUUCCAAUGAAAAAUGUACUUUAUUUCAGUGUCAAUGUACUUAGCAAAAAAAUACUGAUUGGGGACACUAUUUUACGUCUCCUACCGGAGACGGGACCGCCAAUUUUACGUGGUCAUACGAGCCACGCGAAGGUCGUGCCGCUUGCAGGGCAAAUGCAGUACCUUCAUUUUUUUAGACCCUGAGUGUUGGUCCGACCCCAAGGAUCAAACUCGCGACCUCGCGCUCUGCAGUCAAACGCUCUACCAACUCUUUGAACUAGUCCUACCGGCUGUUUAUUGCAGCUCUGACCAAAACACAGGUCCUCAGGCCUUUCUCAACCCAUUGAGGAAGGUAUUACCCGUCUUACUAACUUACGUUAGGUUAGGGAGAAAAGAUCUGCCUUGAUUAGAGUAAAGUUUCUCUCAUUUGGCGUGAGUUGAGAAAGAUAUUUGUAUGGAGACCUAAUAGUAACUUCUUCAUGACUACUAUCUCUGAUUCCCAAUUUGCGUCUUAGACAGUGCGACCUCCGUUCAGUGCUCUGGCGUUCGUGGCGGAAUUUCCAAAUAUUGUCAACGCAUCGAUAGUGUGUUCCCAACGUUGUGCGCGGACCGUUUGCCAUGGCUUGUGUCUUUAUUGCUAAUUAUGCCCUAUAGAGUUAUGUCGUUUUAUUUUUUUAUUGCUUUGCAGACCCGACGUCGAUUUUGACGUUCGAUUAAUGCGUGCUGUUCAAGUGAUGGACAUUCCAAUGUUAAAAGAUUUCAUAAACGCUCUUGUUAUGGACAGUUUAACUUACGGUAAGAUGAAAAUUCGUGCUGCCGUACUUGUCCAAAUUCCAGUUUGAUCUGGAAAAUGUCUCCAAUGGUUGGGGAAACUAAGACGAUCACUGGUUUAUCACUUCUUGGAACUGUAAAAUUUCACGUUUUCUAAGUAAAGUUUGUUUGCUCUUUUUUUUUUCGACUAAAUGUUCUUGUUUUGAUUGUUACAGCGCUGGUUGACCCCGGAAGAAUCGAGGUCCCGCUUCACGGAGUUGAUCCUGAUGAGAUGCUUAGUGCUGCAAAGAAAUCAACGUAUGGUCAGUGUCAGCUUUGCGUCUUCUUUUACAAACCAUAUUUUGAGAUAUGAUCCGAGCAUCUUCCAUCCACUUACAAACACACCCUUGCUAUAAGUAGAGAUCUCCAAAGUUUAGAAUGAGAAGCGCCGACGCCAAAGCUCUAUCUAAAGUUGGGCGUUACUAAGACAACAUUUCCAACAUGUCUUCUCUUCGUGUUUUUAGCCGAUGGAUUGCUUACGGUUACUCUUAAGGGUGGACUGCCUGAGAAAUAUACAGGUCAGUAUAAUUAUACAGUGCUGGACUAGAGUCCUUGGAACACUAGUAGCAUGCCAUGAAUAUUAUUUGAGUUUUACAAGUGGAAAGCGCUAUCCUUUUAAAAUUGUGUUGCUGUCUCCGCCGCCCCUAAUCUCUUAAAUCUCGGCUUCGUCAAUAAGAGACCUCUGUCCGUGGUUGUAGGUUUGGAUCACGGAAUGAAAUUGAACCGACCAUAUCAGGGAGCGACGACGACAACAACGACGUCAAAACACAAUUGGUUUUAUGGGGGAAACAACAGCUCUACACGUGCAUCACGCUUUUUAGUACAUUUCUUUGACGCCCACUGCACGACUACGACAUGAAACCUACUAAUGCAACGUUUCAUGGAGGACGUGAACAUACGACGACUAAUUUUCCAUUCUCUUCAUGAACCUGGAUAAAGUCACCAAAAAAAUCACCUUCAUUUAACAAAUUGAGCGGGUCCAAACAGGCGCGAUAUGGUUCGAAAGGACGCAAAUUAUUGUUUGAGCAACGUUUUCACUGCCCUCGUGGUCGUCGUCGUCGUCAGUGGUUAAGCUCCCUAUUGAUGCAGAACCACCUUCCCCCCUACAGAAAAGUACGCGUAGUGGCGUUCAUUUGAGUGUUCACGAUUUUAUGUUUACGAUUUUGUUUAACACAGUUCCAGAAAAACGGCUCAAAGGUUUUGCGUGAUUCUUUCAGAUGACCAAAUAUGGACAUCUCUCCAAGUGGGUAAUCUAGAUGAGAAAAACACAGAAAAGAUUCAGGGUGGAACAACUUUCGAAGAAUCAAUAUCCCUGCUUAUUUACGACUUGGCGAACGACAAGGUACAUAUCUUAUUGCCGGUUUGCACGUGAGGUCACGGCGGCCAUGUUAGUGGUCAAAAACAAAAGCAUUUCUCUCCUCUGGGAAAUAAACUCCAUUUUCAUGUAAAUUUUUCGAAAAAAAUUAUUGUAUGGACCACUAACAUGGCCGCCUUGUCACGUGGUUCCAAAACAAGAAUAUCCAUGGUCGUUAACGACAAGUUAUACAGCUUUGUUUUUUGCUUUGGGUUGAAUGUUUAGAACUAAAUGUCUGUAAGCAUGGAAGUGGCUUAUUGAUGGUGCAUUCUUUUUCCUUUAUCUCUUGUGCGCGAUUUUCUAAGAAACUUCGCUGGAUAUGGACGUUAAAAAAAUACAAUUUUCCACUGCUUAUACUCUUAUAAACCAAAGAAAUGACGACAAAAUCCUCGAAGUUUUGCGCGAAGCUUUUCGACAGCGGCUCCUCAUUCCUUUUUUGACCGUCAUUGUAAUGGUUUAUAAGAGUAUUGACAGUGGGGAAUUGCUGCCAGAGUGGUUUCCAGUUGGUGCUGUUAAACUACUUACAAGCUCAAAAUUGCUGAAUCUAAACUGUUUGUUAACUUUGUUUACCGAACAGCUGAAUGUUGAAAUACGCGGUAAAAGGACUUUUGGGACGAAAUAUUCCAUUGCAAAGUACAAGAUGUUCUUGGGUAGCCUUGGACUGGAAAAGAAGAAAAAAGUGUAAGUUACGAUCAACAGUUACUACAGUAUUUCUUUUUCUGUAUUAGAGGUAGUUGCUGUUUUUGUUGCUGUUGCUGCCGCUUUUUCACCCCAUGUAAGGGAAUGCAGAUUCCGGAAUCUGGAAAAUGUUUGCUUAUAAAAUCCGGAAUCCCAGGUUCUGGAAUCCGGAAUGCAGCUCAAAGAAUCCAGAAUCUCACUAACGAUUUGAAUCCGGGCUGCAAGUUCAGCUGACAAAGAAUCCGGAAUCUUGUACCGGGAAUCAGGAACCCACGGCGUGGAGAUUGUCUUGGAUUCCUUUGCAUGGAGCGAGCUGGUUUGAAAAGCAAAGCCGAACGAAGAAUAUCAUAUAUCGGUAGCAUUUGAUAAGAAAGCUGAUGUAAGGAUAUGUCUAACAUGUUUUUACUCAUCGUUUGUCUGUUCGCUGUUAGCGAGACUACACUCAGCAAGGAGGGUAUCCGAGGAUCUAGGCUAGAAGUGACAUUAGAAUACACACGACUUAAAUCCUACGAAGUCAGCAGUCGAACAGAUGAGCAGGAAUUUCUUGAAAAGUACGAGAAACCCGAGGAGGAUAGUGAAGGUAAAGUAAACACUGAAUACGACAUCGGCAGAAAUGUAACAAACCACCCUGGUAUAUUGUACGAGCUUUCGAUGCCAUCAUGAGGGUGCUUUCCCAAUAGGUUUUACGGGAUUCAGGAUUUCCCUUAUCACCCCUCGGGUUCCGGGAUCUUAAAUUAAAGUGGGGUAAGAUUCGGGAUUGAAAGUGUACACGCGAGGUGGGAUUCAAAAAUAACCACCGGGAUUACGGGAUUGCCGGAAAAUUUGGGUCGAAAUGACAGGAUUAAAGAACCUCAAAGGGGACCCUCCAUCGUGACUUCGAUAUUAAGAUCAGACGGCUCUUUUAUAACAAUACGAAAUUAGAGGAUUUACGAAUAUUAUGUACUGUUCUUUCUUUUCUAAGGGAACAAUAAGCUUGCGGACGACAUGUGCUCUGUAUCUUGUUGUUGUGGUUGUGCCAAGAGAGACCGUUAGAUUCGAAGACGAGGAAGACUUCCAAAAGGAGAUUUGACGUUAAGUUUUUUUCGCGUAUUCUCAAAAAAGACAACCCUGAAAGCUUUAUUUUACGUUUUUUCUCCAGAAAAGUUAACACGGUUAUUUUUCUUAAUGGAGGUUCAACCCUCUCCCGAUCGCCACAAAAUGAUAAAACUUCCAACACUUGAUAACUUGUUUCCGCCACUACGACAUUCUCGCUAAAACUCCUAGUAGAAUGGCGACGGCUAUCACGUUUACCGCCAAAAUGACGCUGGUUCGCGCGUGCGCGCACUACUGAGCUUUGAGAAAAUCUCUUUCUCGAAAUCUCUUUCUCGUAGUUCUCCUCGUCUUAGAAAGGUUAAACAAGUGACAAGAAUUCAAUAACAAAACUACUAGGCAGUUAAAGAACUAAAGUAAAAAAUAGUUACGUUAAUCUUUUUCCUUACUGGGCGUUGAUGGGUAUUCCUCAACUUUGGCGUGUUUUGCAGUAGUAUCGGGUCUUCUUCUCGUGGUUGUACAUAGUGGUGAGAAACUGCUGGCCAUGGAUGACGACGGAUUCAGUGAUCCCUACUGUAUCGUCACAGCAAAUAAGGAAAAGGUACGCCAUGUAAUCUGCACAACGACCCCUUCUGUACAGUGUCGAAGACCUAUUUCCUACGCUCCUCUCAGUUUAGGAACGUUUCGUGGGAGAGACGUCUCGUAUUCGGCCCCAAAGUGUCGGGUAUUCUAGCUGGCCUGGUAAGGCCUACGAAAUAAAAUAGGAGACAUAAAUGACACUGAUGAUGCAGAUUUGUCCGGAAUUUGAAAACUAGCGCUGAUUGGUCGACGUUGUAAGAGUAAUUUUAGCUGUAGUCUAUGAAUGGCAGAUAUUGGACAAAAGGUCACAAAGAUCAAAUUUAAAUGCUAAUAAUCAACUAAAACACAGUCUUUCCCACGAAACGCCCGUAGCGGCGAGGACCGCGGAGAGAUGGCUCUACUCACAGGCUACCUAAGUCCAAUUCUAUGCGGCUAAAUAACCUGUUCAAGGCACGGAUAGUUUAACCGUUCCUAACAUAUCAAGUCCCGGACAAGGUGCGUGAUCUUUCUCUCACGGUCAUUGCAGCCACAGUCAUUACUUUUAAAGGGAACCUCCACUUCAACAAAAAGAUAACUUUAAAUCACAGGAAAUAACUGUUACAGUCAAGUCAAUCUAAAAUAUUCUUAAAGAAAGCGUUUGUAUCCGAAAGAAAUAACUUUUAGAUUCGCCUAUUUUUGUUUUCAAAUUUUGCGGGCGUCGCCAUCUUGAAUAAUUGUGACGUGUUACGGUUGCCCUAUUGUUAUUAAACAAAAGCUCUUUGUGUCAGAACAAUAGAGCAACCAUAACACGUCACAAUUAUUCAAGAUGGCGGCGCCCGCGAAAUUUGAAAGUGAAAAUAAGCGAUUUUAAAAUUCACUUUUCCUGAUAUAAACACUUUUUUUAAGGACAAAUUUCAAACAAAUUUGUUUAUGAACAUAAUUUUAUUCGAUUUAAUCUUAUUCUGUAGUAAGAGUGGAGGUUCCCUUUAAGCUUAUAUGGAAUGGGUAACAGUUAAGGUUAAUAUGAGUACAACUGAAGUCUUUUAAACCACGCAAAUCGUUUGCACAAUUUUUUUUUUAAGAAGUUAUUUUUAUUGUUACAAUUGUUAACUUUUCUUUUUUAAGGUGAAAACCACCCCUCAUGUGUCUGGGUCGGUAAACCCAGUGUGGGAUUCUGUGGUAGAAUUUCCUGUCAGAGAUUUCACAAAGGUAAUUUUUCGGUAUGGAAAUAUCAUGCAAGCGGUACGUAGCUCCCUAAAUAACCGUAAAAAGACUAUUAUCUUAUUUUAUCACCUUGCCAUUGUUGAAAGUGGGUUGCGUAAAACCAGGGAAUAAAUGUGGUAUCAGUAUCGACCAUUGUGUCGGGCACGACUCUCAGGGUGUAACGUUGUACGAAUAUGGCGUUAAUAUUUGACCGAUGAAUGAAUCAAAUAUCGCAGACGAGAGGACAGCAGACGUGUCCUCUUUCCAUUUUCUGUUAACAUGUUAACAGUUAGCUCGGACUGACGCCAGCGUACAACGGUGCCCCUGGUUUCUGUGAUUGGCCCAUUUAUGAGCUGACCCGUAGCCCACCCAGCUCAUGAUAUGAAUGAUCUGUGCAAUGCCGCCGCCGACCAUUCCAUUGAGAAAACGUUCCCUACCCUUUUUGAACAGUAGGGUGGGUUCUUUUACGUGCCCUUCAAAUUGACUAAUGAAAGAAUGGUCCACGAGACAAGGCCAACGUCGCUGCGAUCAACUGAACUGAGAUAUGGCCUCAAAUCACAACUACCAUCAUGAUUUCACAGUUUGUUAUAGACACUGGUUGGUGAUAGCAAGAGACAGACCGGGGUCUUCCACUUGAGAUUACCAGGCAGCGGUUAAAUGAUGAAGCAUAUAGGUCCAGGGAAAGUUCCAAUGUUUGCGACAUGUUUUUACCUGACGCUUUAACUCCAUGUAGCGGAUAUUUCUAUUGUUGUUUCAGACCACGCUGUCAUUCCUGGUGUAUGACCGUGAUGUUAAUUGGCAAGGACAGUCAGAUGACUUCAUGGGUUCCUGUAAUCUGGAGAUGACUUUGGUACCCAUUUAUAAAACUGAUUUCUCUGUCUUUACUUUUUCUAUAUACAACACCUGUUUAAGUUGAAGCAUACAUCAUUAAUCAACCCGAAAUGCCUGUUUCGUGUUUGUGAUUUUUUCUCGGCUUGGCAUCCCAGCAAUCACCUGAAGAUAUUCGAAACUAACCGUAAGGUGUGCAAUGUUUUUGCUAAACUAAUCAGUGAAAGAACAAAACCAAAGAAUCCAAAAACAAUAAAAUUGUUAUGUUGAUCUAUCUUCAGUCUAAAUCCAAAUGAAGCCGAAUACUUGUUUUGUCGUAAUGAAGGUCUAGAAUUAUCCAAGCAACAAUGAACAAGCAUAAACAAAAAUUUACUGGAAGUAAAGUUGUUAUCAUGACUUGAUCUAAGAUUGUUUUGUUUUAUAUUCACGCAGGACGAGCCGGCAAUCAUCAAACGUAAGAUCGACCUACAGUACAAAGUGUUUGGUAAGAAGAGGUCAGAGGACUCUACAAUGAAAGCAGGCGCGCUCACAGUAUCAGCGGUAUUUCAGCCUAUAGAGUCCGUGGCAAAGUCAGGUGAGAACGGAUGGGUCUGUAAAAAUCUACCCCAUUAUCAAAGAGUGUCAUCAGAGGCCUCACUUCCAGGGUGAGGCAAAUUAAGCAUUACAAAUGAAAUAGAGAUUUCGACAGCAUAUUUUGACGUGAGUGAAGUAACUACAAAGAAACCUUGGUGGCUCAUUGAACAUUAAUAGCUCUACCAAAUAUAGAAGUAUUCUGUGACCUAUACCUGAACGACACUCGGCAACAUGGAGUCUAUUUGUUUUAAACAAUAGGCACUCAACUUUGUGAGGAUUCGUUCUAAUUAUGACAGUUUCCAAGACACUGAAACUACCCUUCGUAUGCUCCGUUUCGUCCUUUUCUUACUUGUGAACAACUUUUGCUAAACUGCUGAACAAGACAGUGACCUCUCUAUGACAUAGUUUGUAUGUCUUUACUCUAUCCAGCAGUUUGUAUAAAUGAUCAUGAAAAAUUUUGUUCAUCUCUUUUUACCUGUUUCAUUCACCAGAGAAAGAGGCGCAACCUAGUGGGGUACUGGAUGGUGAAGAUAUCGACGACAUAAACGUACGUUUAGUCCACAUCAAAGCUCCUGAAACACGUUUAAAAACUCUUUGGUUAUAAUAACCCAUUUCCGAGUUUCAAAAACUCUCAUUAUAAAUUAAGGCUAACUGCUAAACCUUUCAUACACACAUUUAUAUGCAUGACAAUCAUUGACUUUGAAGAUUCUCCACUCGUCCUCGUUUUGAAAAAGAGGCUUAGUUGCAACUCGGAAAUGGUCCAUUAAUAAUUUGUAUCAACGUCACGUUUUUGGUUUAAUUGCUGAUCGCCCAUGGUUUGAAUUAUAGAUGCAUGUCCACAGAACUAAAAGAAAGAGUUUUAUCCAAGUGUUGCAAUAGUUUGUUAGUGUAAGGCCAGGGUUGCACAUUGUAUUAGAUGUAGUUUCCCCGUGAUUUUUUAAGUAACCAUAGAUCGUUGCACUCAUGGUCGUAUUAUAUUUCAGGAACAUGGCAAGAAGCAUACAAUGAAGAGUAGCAUGAAAAUCAAACGACAGGUGGAAGAGUUGAGGUUAAUCAAAGGUAAAUCACAUACACUUUGUAAGUAUUAAUGAGGAACAGUCAUUAUUGCAAUGCAAAAUUGUUGAGACGUUUAUUUUUGCUUCCUAGAGCUUGGGGUUUUAGUGAUCACGAUUCUUCAAGGCAAAGAAAUGCCGGCCAUGGACAGUAAUGGUGAGUUCUACGUAUAAAUCACCAGAUCCUCCAUAAGUAGUAUAAAGCGCACCGAAUCAACCCUAUUUUGAGGUCGGAAUUCGCUCGUAAAUAUGAGCUGCAAUAUAUGUAAUGGUAGUGAAAGGAAACAAUGUAAAUGUGGAGAAGGCAGACGAAUGAAAACAAUAAAAAUGGAGAGAACAGGAAUGAGAGUGAACAACAUUUUUUAGUUUGCUAUCGCCCUCAUUAACCUACCAUUAGGGGCCAAGAAUCAAUGACACGGAACUAGGAACAAGAAAUGCGACAAGAAACAAACCUUUCACGAUCACAGAAAGGUUUUGUGACCCUAAAUAACAUUCAAGUUGGCUUGCGUUUUAUUCAGGGGCCAAAUUGCGCUUCAUAUUAAUGAGAAGGAGUUACACAUCCUUUCCUCUGCCGGGUAGACAAAGAGAAGUUUCUCGUCCCGCGAGAUAUAGAUGUUUUUUGCGUGUUUCCUUUCAUCUAUGCGAAAUUAAGGUUCAUAGACCUUAACUUACUUCAAGUUCCAUUUUCUGCGAGGUUCUCAUCUCGCUUAAAAUCUUCGUUUUUGCUUUUAAGGUCGUCCUCUUCGGUGAAGAUUGACUCAAACGUUCUUAAUCUGGUCUCAACAGGUCUAAGUGAUCCGUUUUGCGUGGUGCGAGUAAACAACUCGAAGAAGUUUAAGACUAACGUGGCUUAUGAAACACUGACGCCCGUGUGGAACGAGUCUGUAUCCAUUGCUAUGCCUCAAGGUGAUGACAAGAUCAACCUUGUAAGUGUAAUUUCUCAUUCUUAUCAUCUAUAAUUCUAACGGUAACAAGCGAAACCGUUCAAUAAAAAUCGCAAUUAUCAUUUUUUUAAGGUACUAAAAAACCAAAAGUAGUGUCAGUACUAUGUCAUGGUGCCGCGAUCGAAGCUUUCACUUGAAUAAUCACACUAAAGAAUUUUGUUUACAGACUUCAAAGUGAAAACCACCUUGUAUAGCUAAACGGUACCACAGCAAAGUACUGCUCAGUAGCUUUCAUUUGAAUGGUGUCAACCACCUCGUGCAGCAUAAUUAACAAUCCCACAGGAAAGUGCCGCUUAAGAGCUCUUAUGUGAAUAGACACACCAUAGGAUUUCGUUUCCAGAAUCAAACUUUGGAACCAAUUUGUACAGCGUAACAGUAACGCAAGACAGUGUUGCUUGCUAGCUUUCAUCUGAAUGGUCACACCACAGGAUUCCGUGACAAACAAUUAACAGAACCUCAGGAACGCUCUGCUGAGCGGCUUUUAUCUGAAUUCUGAGAACUGGACUCUGUUGACUCUGGGAAUGAAAGUGGGUAACGACAGUAAAAUUCGCCACAGGCCGAAGAUGUCUGAUUGUCCAUUCUCGUGUUCUAUCUUAACCGUGUUUUGCACACACAUUUAAGAAAGUAUUUGGUUUAAUUAUGUUUUAGGAUGUAUUUGACAAAGAUGUGUUUCAGAAUGACUUCAUGGGAACGGUGUCUUUGUCAGUGGAUGAAGUAAAGGACGCUUCCAAGGUGAACUUGCUUUUUUUACUCUAUUUAUUUGUAUUAUUAUAUGCCAAAUGGGCCAUAGAUAGUCUAGUUCCCAACCCAAAUAAGUCGAAUUAGUGAAAUCCAACUAGUGGUCUAUUAUCAAUGCUGCGUUCUGAUUGGUUGAGCUACUACCAGGCUAUAUGUUAUAGCCCACUAGUAGCAAAAAGCGCCAGCUUUGAAAACCAAAACAAUGGCGGCUGAAUCGUGUUUUUCCAGCUAAAGUUGUUUUGUCUCGAUAUUUUUGACCAACCGGUUGGAUUUUACUAAAACAAUUAUUCCUCUCGCCCUCAUGACCUCUGAGUCAAUAGCGUGUUCGGCCUUCGGCCUCAUUUGCUAUUGACUCAGAGCCCAUUCGGGCUCGAGGAAUAAUUGUUAAAUACAUGCUUCUUUGUAGAGAAGCCUUGAAAAGGCCCCUCUCUUUUAUCCUUUGGAGGAAAAUAUCUAAAUUGGGUCAAAAAUAGCGACUGCUGGUUGUUUAAUUAGCUGACAGACUAAGAUGGGGCAGACAAUUGUGUGCCCGAGGUAAUCUGAAGCGUGGAGGAGAGCAAACUGCACGUGAUAAACCUAAGCCUUAUUAAGAGGUGCUCUUUAACUUAUACCAAUACCAGUGCGAUUCCUACGGACUUGAAUGAUUACACUGGGCAGCAGGGAGUAUUUUCAACCCAUCGGCACCUUUAAAGCUAGGUAUAAAUUUACCAUUAUGAAGCUUUAACACAUCAUUUUCCAUUCUGAGGCUUAUGUAUAAACUUUGUUACAGCUACUCCCCAUAUCGCACGUCACUUCAUAUCCCUAAUUCUCAUAGUUUGAAUUUCAGCGGUCUAAAACGUACCGAAAUCCAACUACUAAGUUGCAGGGGCAUUGUUUUCAUCCUGUGCAUCUCUUAUUUUGUUAACUAUGUGUACUUCGUCUUCAGAAAGGAAAACCUCAGUGGCUCAAGCUUCAGGAAGCUGAGUCGGGAGAAAUCCAGGUUCAGUUCAAAGUGUCAAUCCCUGGUGAACAGGUAAAGAAGUUUUGAGCAAUGCUGUCACCCUUGAUGGCAAAAUAAGUGCCGUAAAGUGCCGCUCACAAAAUCCGUAUUUGGAAAGCAUCUUUUUGCAAAACAAGAACUGAUUACGCGUGCAAGCACUCGCGUACACGACUUUGCGACUGGUAAGAAUUUCUCUUUUAACCAGAGCCAUAACAAAGAGUUUUGCGUUUUUCUCGAGAAAGUUAUUUUAUAAAAGUAAUAGAAAACUUUUUUCCAGUGUUUGCAUAGCCUGAUAUAAACACGAGAGGGGUUGGGAGAAUUCUCGACAGUUAUGCAAACCCUCGACUUCGUCUCGGGUUUGCAUAAACGUCUCGAACUCUCCCAACCCCUCUCGUAUCAGGCUGUGCAAACACGUAAAACGUUUUCUGUUGCUUAAAUCUGACCAAUCACAAAACACAAAUUAGCCAAAGAACCCCGUGUUGAAAAUGUUGUGGCAAUGAAGUGACUGUUUGACGCGGCAUGGUAUCAACAUCUCAAAGAAUCCUUGGACAAAUGUUGGACAAAGUUGGGAAUAUUUGACCCGUCAUGGUUACAACAUUGUCACAGCAUUCAAAAACAAAUAUUGUGACAAUGUUGUCACUGUUGCACCCAACAUUGGCUCAAUAUCUGCCAAAUACAUGUAUUGUGAGUAUUUUACCAGAUCUUUACAUAUGUUUUAGGACGAAGCAGCGGAAGGAGCAACUCAGCCAGGAGAAAGCGGAAACGAUUCUGGAAUCAGCGAUGCUGGUGAACACACCGAAGCUGUUAAAGACGUGUUUGAUCUUACAUUGGACAAGAUGGAAGGUAUACUUUCAAAAGCCGACUCAACUUAGAUGAUUAAGGGCAAAAUUCAACGAAAAUUUCCAAAUUUCGUUUUGUAAAAUUUUGAAAACAAAUAGCACCGUUUGAAAGUAUAUGCAGAGAGGUUUCAUUUAAAUGGUCACAUCACUGGAUUCUGUCCUCAGACGCAAGAGUUAGAACUACCUUAAGGGACUCCAACAUUCACUCUGGCAGUAAAAGGGUUCAGUCGAUUUUCACGAACAUGAUCGUAACACAUCGUGGCUUUGAGCCGUAGCAAUUAUUCCGGGUUUUGAACCGCUUGGGCUGUGGAAUCUUAACCGAGUACCGUUUGGCCUUUUUAGUUCUCCCUCGAUUUUUCACAGAAUUAAACCGAGAAACUGCAACAAACUUUUUUGAAACCGAGUUCAAGAGAAAUGUGAAUGUCAUUGUUUUUUAAUGCAUUGUUUUAUUCGUUUUCAGAAUACAUUCAAAGCCAGAUACCACCAUUAUUUUAUAGUGUAUCAGGAGAAGUCAUUCAGGGCUCGGACAUUACAGGUUAACUGACAACUCUUUUAAAGUGUUUCUUACCGAUUCCUUCAACUCUUUACUCUCGAGAGUACCAAACAUUAAAAUUCAAGAAAAAAAAGGUUUUGAUGUCAUAAAAUACUGUUAAACAAAUAGUACCAUGUGAAAAUAUGGUUGAAAAGAUUCAUGGUUGAAACGUCACACUGAAAGAUUUCAUUCACAAAGUAAGUAAUUAGAACCACCUUGGACAGCAUAAUCAACAGUGUUAAUGUUCACCAGCUUUCACUUGAACGAUCACACAAUCAGUUACUCAGGAGUUAUUUUCUUGUAUCGUCAGGGUUUGGAACAUUUCAGAUUCGUGCGAGAGUUGAGAUGUAAGUAUGGAUUAAUAUAAAUCCAACGAAUUGGAAUAGUACUUUUUUCCAUAUGACAGAGGCUAUGAUUAUGGUAUCGCGUCUAUAUUACGGAUAUCUCUGUAAUACCAAACAGUUGGUGUCCGUAUUAAUGAGGUUAGCUGUGUCUCUCUAAAGGCCGAUUUAGACAGUACGAUUUUUGCUUACGACUAUCGUGCGCGACUAGCAUUCGUCAUGAUUUUUGACCAUCCACACGCGCACAAUUUUCACUUACGAUAUCCACAAUGUGUCGAACGAAUAUCGUGGGUCUAACUUACACCUCCAGAUCUGUCGUGAAGUCAUGAAGCAUGCUAGUAGCGCACGAUAGUCGUAAGCAAAAAUCGUGCCGUCUAAAUCGGCUUUACUAUCAACAUCUCUGUAAUACAGCUGCCAGUUGUCUCUGCCUCCACCUCUCCCCCUUGGUGUCCGUUAUAAGUUGAUGUACAUAUUAAGGAGGUUGUUGGUUGUAUCUCCCUAAUAUGAUCAUCUCUGUAUUGCAGCCAGUUAGCUCUGUACCCUUGGUGUCGGUAUUGAGGUCGAGUUGACUGUACCUCUAUAAUGCAGACAAAGGGCUUUGUUUCUUUGGUUUCGGUAAUAACAACGUUUAAUGCAGUUUUACUCCGCUCCAAGUUGCCCUCUGUACGUUGUUGUAUGGGGAGAGGGUGUGAGGGGCUUAAUCUAGAGGGGUAGCUAAAGUAGGCAAAGGCGGAUACGAGCUAAAGAGGCUCACAAGGCCGGAACGUAAGCCUCCUUUGGCAGCAUAAAGCACCUUCUUUUCUUGUCUAAAAAGCAACACGACGACAAGGCUUGAACCCCAACUGCUGUUUCGCGAAAUUAAGCGCUCGCCCACCACGCAUGCGCUCCUAGGGCCAGGUUGGCUUGUCGAAACGUGUGAAGGUCUGGAAGAGACAUAAUAGAACGCUUUAGAAACCUUAACGUUAACUGUUCUUAAUAGAGUUACCAUGUUGCUUUCCCAGCCCGCGACGCGGUCGAAAGAGCAGCAUGAAGCACGAGUAUAUUACUAUGUGCACAACUCCUCAGCUGACUCCAGAGAGUGGCUUGGCUAAGUGGAAUUACAUCUUCCAGGUGAGAUUUUAAACUUAACGUAAAGGAUCUGCGGGUGGGAAGAAUCACACUAAAUUUGUUUCUGCUUGGAAAAAGGUGCUUGGGAGGCAGACCAAAGAAUACGUAGCGUGGAAUCACAACAAAAGAGAUGGAGAAGUUAGACUGUAAGCGAAAAGCAGGCCUAGUUGCUGCUUUGAAUCUGAUUUUUCCCGCUUGCCGUAACCGUCGUUCUAUUUCACUUUCUUGGCAACGGUUGCGCCUUUAUUGCUUCCGUUAGCGGGUGAAUUUUUUCCAAUGCGUCCCUUUCUUACUCGCACGUGUUGUUAGUGAUGGUGGUUUUAGUUUUUAUUUGUCUUCCAUAUCACUUGUAUCUGUAGGUAGUUAUUUAUUUGUACGUACAUCCUGACGUUUUUUUUUUUUUUAAUCAUUUUAACUGGCAAUUUAGACUGCUGGAGGCACCGCCAUUUCAAAUGAGGCUAAUUUGGUGUUUGAACUAAGAGAUGCCAAGAAAAACACCGUCGGGAAAACGAAAAUUUCAAUCCAAGAAUUCUUCAGAGGUAAGCAUGACUUCUUCCGUCACUAAGUAGAAGUACAGUGUACAGUUGUUUUAGCCAAAAGCAAUAGCUCUAUAUCAAAGCAAUCAUCAUUACAAAAAAAGCUAAAUUAGCCUAGGCCGGUUAAUUGAAUGUGUUUCUUUUUCAGACGUAUUUAUCAAGAGGUCUCGUUCAAACACGGGCGGUAGCACGCAAGGUAUUUUUAAAAGUUUCUUCUUACUUUUUAUGAUUUGCAAAUGUUGAGUCUCAUGGCCUUAUGGUCAAAGUCCCAAACAAGGACUGAGUUAGGGUAGAGUGAAAUACACUUAGAAGGGUGGAGAUGGAGGUCCAUGCCCUUAUUGCUACAAUAGCCCAAGAAUAAUAAACCAAAAAAGGAAAAAAAGAUUGCCUCCUUUUGCUACAUAUCUUUGACGCUUUCCGAACAAAGUUUAUGAGGUAUUCAGGAGGUAUUCCUCUUCCUCCUCUUUACCCACCUCUUCCGCCUCCUUCUUCUCCUCCUCCUCCUAUUUCCUCUCCUCCUACUCCUUCUACAUCUCUUCCGCCUCCUCCUCUUCCGCCUCCACCUCUUUCUCUUCCUCCUCUUCUUUCUCCUCUUCCUCCUCGUCCCCCUCGCUCCUUUUCCUCCCCUUUCUCCUCCACCCUCCUCCUCCUUCUCCUCUUUAGUCUCAUUACAAGGUCCUGCAAAUUGUCAGACCGAUUUCAGAGAAAGAAUUCUAUAGAGUUUGAAUGGAUACCAUGUGAUUAAACUUGAUUCUUUUAACAACUUUCUACUAAUAAUCACUGACCUUUAGCAUUCCUCUGCUGUUUAUAAAGAAACUCAGGCCAAGUAUUAAGAACGUUGAGAUUCUAACCAGAUUACACGCAGUAACAAAUGUCAGCUGAAGAAUUCUGUUAUGUAGCUGUUUUGUUCAAAUGCUUGCGCUCUCCUUUACAGGCAAGCACUCCGAAACAAAGUGGCUUAACCUGGAACAUGGUAAGUGUUACAGGCUACAGUGAAGGUCUUUAUAAAAAAGAGUUUAGAAGGUGUUUACCAAAACCUUGUUCUAAGCCAUUUUGAGUUUUGUCGUCAUCAAUUUACCUACUAAAAAUAAGCAACUUGUAAACAAUGUUUGGCGGCCGCUACUCUUCGUAAAAUGCGCUCCAAGUUAGACUUUGCACCACCAACUGUCCUUACGUGUUAAGGGUUAAUGUGAGCGAGUAAAAUGGUGCACCACAUAGCAAUAAAUGUACUUAUGAGGUCCAAGUUGUUUCGAUUAUAUAAGAACCAGUGUUAGGCCUAACAGAUAUAGAUAUAUGGGACAAUGUUUGACUUGCUACAAGUCGACUUCUCAUAAGUUCUUAAAAGUGAGGAAGCGAGCUUCAAUGCAUGAGGUCGCGCAGUGACCGACCGAGUGAUGAAGUCUGGAGGUCGACUUGUUUCGCCUGAGUGGAUUUGAAUCAUAUUAUAAAUUCACGCGGGAAAAAAAUGAUUGACAUACGCUGUGUCGGGAGCGGCGUGAACUGUCACUCACAGUCCUAUUGGUCAAUUGUCAUCACGUCACCAGUUUGAAAUUUCGACCGGUGAAUUUCCCGCCAAACAGGUAUGAAAAGUUCUUUAAAAUGGCGUAACCAACCAGAAAAAAAAUAAAGGGCUUUUAGAAAGUCUAGAGCAAUGUGUGUACUUCCAUGAAGGUAAUGGCUACUUUCUCCGCUGUAAUUAUGUUUCUAAGACAUAAGGAAGCGCCAAGCCUAUUUGGUCCAGCUAUAAACAGCUUUUGAUAACUCAUAAGAAACAAUAUUUUAGGUUAUUGCAGGCGACCAGAUCGAGAGGAGCUCGCAAUCCUAAUCUCCUGCUGCAGGUUGCUGUCACGAAUGUGCGGAAUAUACGUAUCCAACAUUACUUUGGACUUUUACUAAGAAUUACGCGCGUUUUGGAGCUCCGUUCACUCUUUCACUCGUUAUUCGCCACUUUUAGGUUGCGCAGGAGACCGGCUCGAGAUGGUUGUGAAAGUGCAUUGUGGGACUGUUUUGGGGGUCGCAUUUUCAACAUGGCGGCAAAUUUGUCCCCCAAAACAGUCCCACAAUGCACUUUCACAACCAUCUCGACCCGGUCUCUCGCGCAACCUCAACGUGGCGAAUCUGAUCGCGCGCAUUUUGAACUUUUAUUACAUGAAACAUUAGCAAAGCAAUAGCGUUUGAGUCGACCUCACUCUUAGCCUUUGUUUAGGGUUAUUAUAUUCUUUUUGUUUAUUUUGUUUAGAUGGAAUGCCUGCUGGUGGACUAGAGGUGAUGCUUUCUUAUUCAGACACGCCAGACGCCCCUGUUGCUCAUGCCCCCUUAAAGAAGCGCUCUAUUCUGAAGAGGUUCUCCUCAAAUUCAAAUCUCUAGCUCCUAAGGUAUCACGAGCUCCACGAAUGUGAGUUCAUAACAAUGACACAACCAGGUCACGCACAAGGAUUGUCAAAGCACGCGUAAAGCACGUGCGUGAAUAUUGGGUUUCAUGUUCUUAUUACUGUCGUGACGCCAAAACCAAAGCAAUUACAUCUAAACAAUGACACCUUUGAACUGCUAUAAAUCAAGCUGCAAACGCUCUCAAAGGCGGGGAAAUGUAACCGGCCCUGAACGAGAUAAACUGCUUGCAAACGUUACUAAGUGCGGUAAAAAUCUUGCAUGCACUGGCUUUAAUGAUUAGCGAUUAUGACACAUCUCAUAGCUUAAAGCAAAGAAAACAAGUGAUUCUCUUUGUCUGCAUUUAGACAUAGCAGUUUAUUCACUAGCCUGCGUUUCCAACCGCUUCUCAUCGUUUCCCGUCGCUGGCCACCUAUUACACGUUCUCUUUUAUCAACGGUUUGUAGCCAAAACGAGCGGAAUAUAUAUUUCCUGACCAACCAGUCCUACUAGUACAGGGUUGUGUACUCUCAGUGUCAAAUGACCUCUAUAACUUAACUCUGGAAAAGUGAAAAAAAAUUGGGAG